AGAGGCAUUAUUUUGUGGUUUUUAUACACGUUACUAACCAAGAUGUUCAGAUUGCUACAGAUAUUGUCAGGUAUGAUAUUACCCCGAAGAGUUUGAAUAUGGGAAGGGAAGAAGAGAGAGAAAUGACUUAGAAAUGGCUUGUCUGACUGUAACUGACCCCGCCAAUAGAGCCAGCUUGUCUCAAAAUAGAGUCAUCGUCGUUUGCUCUGCUAGAAGCACGGGCAAGAAAGCUGAAGGAACCACCAGUCGACUACUGGCCGUCUAUGGCAAGCUCAGAGGUGUCGGCGCCGCCAUGUGCGUUGAUGAAGAGCAGCAGAAUGAAUUGGUUGAGCAGGCUCGCGGUUUGAUGCUCGAUAUCUGCAACGAUCACGUCUUUGCUGCUGAGGCCUAUAUUCAAGAUCCUUCUCUACGUGGAAAACUCAUUCAGACUAUCAAGGAUGAGUGUCAAGAGCUGGUCGAGUAUAUCGUGGCUGCAAAGCGAUUUAACCUUGAGAUCAACUCAAGAGCAAAGGAUCGUGUUAUCAGUUUCGGUGAGAAAUUGAGCUGUCGCUUUAUGGCGGCUCUUUUGCAGGAUAAGGGCGUUGAGUCUGAAUAUGUCGAUCUUUGCGACUCAUUCCACUAUGAUGCUACCGAGAGACUCGACGACAAGUUCUACCGCACCGCCUCGGAGGCUUUCACCCGCAAGAUCGCCGCCUGUGAGAGCCGCGUUCCUGUCGUCACUGGUUUCUUUGGCAACGUUCCUGGCAGUCUCAUCGACGGUGACAUCGGUCGGGGCUACACUGAUCUUUGUGCCGCCCUCUGCGCCGUGGGCGUCAAGGCUGAGGAACUUCAGGUCUGGAAGGAGGUUGAUGGUAUCUUCUCAGCCGAUCCCUCCAAGGUGCCCACCGCACGCCUUCUCUCAUCCAUCACGCCCUCCGAAGCAGCCGAGUUGACGUUUUAUGGCUCAGAGGUUAUUCACCACCUCACUAUGGACCAAGUCAUUCGUGCUGAACCGCCGAUCCCUAUUCGUAUCAAGAAUGUUAAGAACCCUCGCGGCAAUGGCACCAUUGUCGUUCCUGAUCGUAUUCUCUCGGCCAGCCAUCAACUUAAACGCGACUCUCCCAAACCUGAGGCAGAGCACAAGAAGCCAAAGCGACCUACAGCCGUCACCAUCAAAGACCAUAUCAGCGUUAUCAAUGUGCAUUCGAAUAAGAGAUCGAUUUCGCACGGGUUUUUCGCUCGAGUCUUUUCUAUCUUGGACACUUACUCCAUCUCGGUUGAUCUCAUCUCUACGUCCGAGGUCCACGUCUCUAUGGCUAUCCACUCGAGCAGUCAGCAGGUCGAAGCUUUUGGCAAGGCUACCAAGGAGCUUGCCGAGUGUGGUGAUGUGAGCGUGCUCAACGACAUGGCCAUUCUGAGCCUGGUGGGUGCUGAGAUGAAGAACAUGGUCGGUAUUGCAGGUCGCAUGUUUUCUACUCUGGGUGAACACAAUGUCAACCUCGAGAUGAUCUCACAGGGUGCCAGUGAGAUUAACAUCUCUUGCGUGAUAAGUGCACGAGAUGCUACUCGGGCUAUGAAUGUGUUGCAUACACAUCUCUUCACAUUCCUUGAGUGAACAUAUAGGAGCAUGAUAUAGAUGGCAUUCGCAUGCGAUGGGAGUUGGUAGGGGUAUCCUUACGGACUUGAGUUUUUGUAUAGUUACUUCCCUUCUGGAAUGUGUUUGACUAUGUCAUUCAAAGGUGUUCUUGGAGUUUUGCUGGUAAAAAUUUGGGUUAGAGUUGGCAUGAUGGAUGUAUAGCAUUGGAAAGGCGGCAUAUUUAUAUCAACUAUUGUUUCAGAAGGGAAUUUCAACGAUCACUCUCAUGCAUAGACUGUUAGAGGCAACAUUAAAAAGAGGCUUUUACUAAGUUUACG